AUAACUGGCGAACAAGCUUUUCUUCUUAAUCUAAGAAUGAUCCCGAGGUCAGUCAUCUCCUUCCUCUAUUUCAUCGACCUCAUCCAAUAUACAAUCUCCUUCCUCCUCCAUCGUAUCGGUCUCAACCCAUCCUUUGAAAGAGAGCCGACGCCAUGGGAGAACAAUGAGCUUUUAUUCAUGUCCGUCGGCAUUUCCAUGCCGACAGCUACAUCUACUGCCCAGUCUGUCAAGGAGAAGCUGCCUGUUAUCGAGUGCCAGAGCUUCCUUAGGAGAAAAAGAAAAUCUACGAUGUCUGGGUCGGUGCCGGAUUGUUCCAUUUGCCUUCAGUUAAUAGAGCCUAGGGAUCACGUUCGGGAGCUUGGAAAUUGCUGCCAUGAAUUCCACGUAGCUUGCAUUGACCGGUGGUUGGACCUUGGCCGGUUCUGUUGUCCGUUAUGCAGAUCACCGGUGGUUCAGUCGCAGACCGUCCUAGGAGGACCGCUUUCGAUUUUAGAGGUUCUUCUAUUUGGGAAUGACUUGAUGGCUAAAAGUGAUUAA